AUGGCCAACUCAACCAAUACAUCAACCUUCCCCAUCCAGCCGGAGCAUGCAGAUCCAGAGCCUGGCGCAAUUGCGAUUAUCAAGCGGAGUGAAGGCAUAACCACCAUCGCUAUGAACCGGCCAAAGAAACGAAAUGCCAUAGACAUUCCAACAGCGAAGAAACUCUACUCAGCAUUCCUCGACUUUGAAGCUGAUGCAUCCCAAAAGAUCUGCGUCUUACACGGAAAUGGAGGGACGUUUUCAUCCGGCUUCGACCUGACCCAGCUGGCCACUUGGCAUGGAGAAUUACCGAAUAUGGCCCAGCAUUCCAGUAUCACUCGAGGGCACUUUGAACCCGUGCGUGGAGAAAAUAUAGGGCCACUCGGCCCAACUAGAAUGCACAUUCGAAAACCAGUGAUCUGCGCUGUCUCCGGUUACGCUGUUGCUGGCGGCCUCGAGUUGAGUCUUCUGGGAGACCUGAGGGUGGUAGAUGAAGACGCGAUAUUCGAAGUAUCUUGUCGAAAAUUAGGGGUGCCGCUGCUCGAUGGAGGAACAGUCAGGCUGCCGCAAAUUAUAGGUUUGGGGAGGGCCCUGGAUAUCAUAUUGACAGGGAGAGCGAUAACAGCAAAGGAAGCUCUAAACAUCGGGUUGGCGAGUCGGGUGGUGCCGAAAGGGCAGUCCUUGGACGAAGCGAUGAAACUAGCACGGAUGCUUGUAUCCUAUCCGCAAGAGUGUCUGAAUGUUGAUCGACAGUCGUGCUAUUAUGCUGUAUAUCACGCACAUUCGCUUGAAGACGCACUGUCUCAGGAAUUCGAGGCAGGAAGCAGGGUGAGCGACAUGGCCAUAGAAGCCGCGUUGGCAUUUGUUCAGAAAUCGCGGAGACAGUCGAAGCUUUGA